UCCGUUUCAUGCUCCCCCAGUUUCCGGAAGAUCUCUGUACAAUGAUGGAGAAAAUGGAAUCCUAAGACCGUACCCAAAUAUUCAAGCGGAUUUGUUAGAAUAAAACGACCAAAGUCCAAGAUAACGAAUAACGACACAAAUACAAGACAGCAGCUGGAUCGUGGUGACUCAGCGAUAGACAGCGUUUAUCUCCAGCUUCUCUCCCUUCGACACCCGAUGGAGGGCUCCGACAGUUCCGAGCCGGGCGCCAGUGACCAACCAGAGGCCCAGCGCAGGCGGCAACGGGACCGGCUAGACCGGGAGGAGGCCUUCUACCAGUUUGUCAACAACCUGAGUGAGGCAGACUACCGGCUGAUGAGAGACAACAACCUGCUGGGUACCCCAGGUGAGAUCACAGCAGAGGAGUUGUUGAGUCGGCUGCAGCAGAUUAAGGAUGGACCAGAGCAGCAGCAGCCUAGCAUCAACACCAGUGAGACUGGAGAAGCUACAGGUGAACUGGCAGAAGGUCCAGAGGACCCGUCUAACGGCGACACCCUCUUGGAUUGGCUGAACACCGUCAGGCGGACAGGCAACACCACCCGCAGUGGUCACCGAGGCAACCAGUCAUGGCGGGCGGUGAGCCGGACCAACCCAAACAGCGGAGACUUCCGGUUCAGUCUGGAGAUCAACGUUAACCGUAACCUGGCUGAGCAGCAGGCCCGCGCAGAGGGGGAGGCCGAGGCGCAGGAGGAGGCCCCAACUAGAGCACCUGGCAAUGGGGUGGAGGUCCAGCCUGAGGCGGGGACGGAGGUGCCCAUGGAGACAGGAGAGGUGCUGGAGGAACCAGUUGUGGAGGAGAUGGCUGUCAUAGUGGAACCAGAAGCGGAGAUGGAGCCAGAGGCUGAAGUAGAAGCUGAGCCAGAGGCUGAAGUAGAAGCUGAGCCAGAGGCUGAAGUAGAAGCUGAGCCAGAGGCUGAAGUAGAAGCUGAGCCAGAGGCUGAAGUAGAAGCUGAGCCAGAGGCUGAAGUAGAAGCUGAGCCAGAGGCUGAAGUAGAAGCUGAGCCAGAGGCUGAAGUAGAAGCUGAGCCAGAGGCUGAAGUAGAAGCUGAGCCAGAGGCUGAAGUAGAAGCUGAGCCAGAGGCUGAAGUAGAAGCUGAGCCAGAGGCUGAAGUAGAAGCAGAGAUGGUCCCAGAGUUAGUAGUAGAGGUAGUCCCACAGCCGCCCAGCUCUGUCACCACCACCCCUCCUGUCUCCAGACCUGCCAGUCCCCUGGUGCAGGCCCCUCCAGCCGCCCCUGCCCCUCCUAGCCCGCCCCCCGAGGAGCCUCCGCGACGGGGCCAGAGACGAGCCCGCAGCCGUAGCCCUGAGCAGCGCCGGACCAGGGCUCGCACCACACGAAGUCGUUCCCCCCUCACCCUGGACCGACUCCCCCGCCACGUCCCCACCUCAGCCACCUCACACAGCCCCGCCACCCAGGCACCCGCAGAGGGAAGCUCACGGACUCGACAGCAUGUUCUGUCCCGGCAGAGCACCGCAGAGUACGAGGCCCAGUCAGCCGGAACAGGGUUUGACACAGGUUCUGGGAACGCCCCAGAGCCCGGUACCACCCCACCCCAGGAGGGAGAGGCCGCGGGCGGGGAGGGAGCAGCAGGACGACGUCCCCCCACCAUCAUGCUGGACCUGCAGGUGCGUCGUGUUCGUCCAGGUGAGUACCGCCAGAGGGACAGCAUUGCUAACAGAACCCGCUCACGCUCCCAGAACUCCAACAACACCUUCCUGUACGAGAGUGAGAGGGGUGGGUUCCGCAGGACCUUCUCCCGGUCCGAGCGUGCGGGUGUGAGGACGUACGUCAGCACCAUCAGGAUCCCCAUCAGGAGGAUCAGUGAUGCAGGGUUGGGAGAGGCCACCUCCAUGGCUCUGCAGACCAUGAUACGACAGAUCAUGACCGGCUUCGGAGAGCUCAGCUACUUCAUGGACUCAGACUCUGACUCCUCGGACUCAAACCGUGGCGGUGGUAACCCCACUGGCGCUGCCGACCUGGCCGAGGCGCUCAAUACUCCCGACGGGGGAGUAGCCGGCAUGGCGGAGGGGGCGGAGCCUCCUGUCUCAGUGAGCGGGCAUAGUAUUGGAGGAGUCGGGGAGGCAAGGACAGAGGAGAGGGAGGGGGAGGACGGGAUGGGUCUAGGUCUGUCCCCCGUGAUAGGUUUAGGGGUAGGGGGCACCCCCAGGGAGGGGCGAGCUCGGCCCCGUGCCCCCAUCAGUCUGGAGGAACCAGGGUCACUACCCUUCCUCCGCCUUGCUCACUUCUUCCUCCUGAAUGAUGAGGAUGAGGAACAGCCCAGAGGACUCACCAAGGAGCAGAUCGACAACCUCUCCACCAGGAACUUUGGGGAGAGUGAUGCUCUGAAGACCUGCAGUGUGUGUAUCACAGAGUAUGCUGAGGGGAACAAGUUGAGGAAGUUGCCCUGUUCUCAUGAGUACCAUGUUCACUGUAUCGACCGCUGGUUGUCUGAGAACUCCACCUGUCCUAUCUGCCGCAGGGCCGUGUUGGUGUCUGCUAACCGGGAGAGUGUGGUCUAACCUGGAGAGCUGGAGGUCAGGGGUCAGCGGUGCUCCAGGCAUACAGCUCCAGUAUAUAACACCGUGUCAGUUCUGCAGGCCUUUCUCCUAGUCAGACCAUUUACAUUGUUCAUGUUUUCAUUCUUAAGCCAUCACUGACUUUUAUCCAACUGACAUGCUGGUGUUUGGACAGACAGACAAGACAGAGAGACUGAGACAGAGAGACUGACAGGAAGGAAGGAAGGUGAUGUCCUCAUAGACUCUGUAGGAAGAGACGUGAGAAAGAGAUGCAAUUGUCCCCUGUUGGCUAACAGACCCCACUCUCCCCUACCUGUCUUACCCCAAAAGGGACUCCACUGUCCCCACCUGACCCUGCUCUCCACCUGAAAGACUUAACUGCAUUUAUCAAUACUCUGGAACGGCUCACAGACUGUCAGUGUGUCAAAGCUUGCUGAAUUAGUUUUUAAGUUAAAACUGUAGAAUGUUGUACAGGCUUUAAUGGGGAGAACAAGAUGUGACGGACUUGGAUUCCGUUGGGAAUUCUAUCAGUUUAUUUGGACUCGUAUUGCAUCAUAUUCAGGACAUCGGACCAAUAGUACUGAUUAUGAAUUGUGUUGAACCGUCGUUGAGAUGGGAUGUGGGUAUCUGUUAACUGAUGCUCGUAUGUAGUCUAACUCUAGCCCAUCACAUGAAGCAUUGAUCUGGCCUGUUUCUAUUUCUGCCCUCUGACAGUGUUUCAUCAUGACCUGGCCUGUGUACACAAAGCAUAUCACAGUAUCAGUGGGGGUCUAGGAUCAGUCCGUCAGUGGGGGUCAAGGAUCAGUCCGUCAGUGGGGGUCUAGGAUCAGUCCGUCAGUGGGGGUCUAGGAUCAGUCCGUCAGUGGGGGUCUAGGAUCAGUCCGUCAGUGGGGGGGGUCUAGGAUCAGUCCGUCAUUGGGG